AUGAAACAUAGAAAUGAUGAUCAAGUGAUUUUGAAUUUAUUAGAUUUUGGACAUCAAGAUCUUGCACUUGAUCCAAAUUUUGGAAAGUUGAGAAUCAAGAUGAGAAAAUCGUUGAAACAAGCCUUUUCCAUGAGAUUUGAUCUGGUUCAUACAAUGAAUGGAUCAAAAGAAUUGGGUGGAUUGAAAUCUCCGAGUGAUGUCAAGAUAUCUUAUAAUAACAAUUGUAUUGUUGUGGGAGAUCGAGGAAAUUCAAGAGUUCAAUUUUUCGAUUAUACUACCAAACUGUACUUGGCCACAUUUAAGGUGAACAGACACUUUUAUUGUUUUCUGAUUGAGAACGGGGAAUACAAAGACAAUGAUUAUUUCAUUUUGAACGACGAGCAUACAAGCAUGACAAAAUAUCAUUUGGCCUCGUUAAUCAACCAUUGCAAGGGCGGAACAAUAUGUAAUGUAAUUUGGGAAAAUCAUUCAUUAUCUUGUCCGUAUGGAAUGGCGAUUCGUAGAGAAAAAAAUCAGAAAACGAAUGGCAGCGCUGAAAAUUGGAUCUAUGUUUGCAAUUCUGGAACCAACUCUAUUGUUGUUGUAAGGGCGUCUGAUGGAACAAAAAUUACUGAAAUUGAGUCACCUCAUGUCAGUAUCUCACAACCUUAUGGUAUUGAAUUUAUUGUUGGAGACACCAUGUUGAUUGUCAGUGAAUACAACAACAGGAGAUGUGUUAUAUUGAAACAAGACGAAAAUGAAAAUUGGUUAAUUGUUAAAACCAUUUACUCAGGACAAAUUAAAGGAGAAGAUUUCGAUUGCCCUCUUGGCAUUACUUAUGACAAGAUUGGAAGACGAAUUUUUGUUUGUGACCAAUACAAGAACGCAAUCAGAAUUUUGGAUGAGGAAGGAAAUAUGAUCGAUGUUUACAAAGCAGGCAAAGUAUCAUUGAAAAGACCUUUUGGAAUCACUUUCGACGAACGAAAAGGGGAACUGUAUGUCACACAAUUCUCUGGCGAUGUGGUCACAAUUUUCAAAUAA